UUUGAAUGGACGGACAGAGUGUUUAAAAUAUAAUUUUUACUUUUUGUAAUUGAAUUUGGUGUUAACUGAACCACAUUACCAAUCUAGAGACAGAUUUCCUUUCGUAUCACGAAGAAAAUGCUUUGGAAAACGUUUAUGGUGGCGACAACGGUUUGUCUUUUUGAGUUAACUCAAAGCGCCGAUAAAUGCAGUUCAUUCCAAAUAGAAACUACUGUCGAACCAAUAAAAUCAAUGCCUAGAAGCAAACGUGUCAGUGGAAAAAAAUUCGUUUUGGUUACCUUGAACAGAACUAGCUGGUUUCAAGCAGAAAGCAUUUGUCGAUACAACAAAAUGCAAUUGGCAGUGAUUAAUUCUCCUAUUGAGCAACGGAUCGUUGCUCAACUGAAAAAUCAAUCGGAUUACAGUAACAGCGGCUUUUGGAUAUCGGGCAACGAUCUAGCGUGUCGAAAAAAUUGGUAUUGGUCAUCCAAUGGACAUCCGAUCAAAUAUUUCAAUUGGCAAAGUGGUGAACCGAAUAAUGCCAAGAAAAAUGAACGAUGCAUCAAGAUAAACCCAAAGACGAGUAAAUGGAAUGAUGAUCCUUGUGAAUAUCGUAACCACUAUGUAUGUGAGGAGUAUUUGAAAUAGUUAACAAAAGGAAUUCGUUUUCUGAUCAGCUUGUAACGCAAAACAGACAAAAAAUCAAUUUAUUCACAACCUUGUCCU